CUUCCUGCUCCAUCACUGGUGGUUCUCAGAGGGAGGGUUUUUGUUUUUGUUUGUUUUAUUUUGUCUUUUGUUCUUAUUUUCCUUAGGUUUCCUUUAGCAGAUAUGAUCUUAAUUGUCCUCAUUUCGCUUUUGUUUAUUUCAUUUUCUUUUGCCGAUGAAAAAAUCCUUCACCUCUCCCCAGGUUGUCCUUCCACAAACCACGGUACACCCCAUCCGCUAGUACGUGCAGACGUUCCCGCUGAAGUCACGGCACAGUGCAGGAACGGCCAGAAACUGUUUACCUCAACAAACGGGGUCAAAUACGUCAUUGGUGCCACACUUAAUCAACAUUACGUUGGUGGAGAUUGUCAGUAUUACAAAAAAGCCGGCGUAAAUAUAUAUCAUAUUGAGGUGGCCAUAGCCUGGAGCGAGGCGGGAAAUGAAGUGUACACCAAGAAGGAGACCUAUACAAUCACGUGCUCGUACGACAACCAUGGCAACUCUACCUCAAACCGAGACAGAAUGGUGUCACCGUAUAUCGCUCCCGAGGAAAAACAACACUUGAAAGGAGAGCGUCACAAGACUGGGAAUUUUUCCCUGACAGUAAUUGAUGUUCUGGGUCGGCAGCUGAUUGACGAUCAUCUACACAUUGGCCGACUCGUACGCCUGAAAGCUGUAGAAACCUCAGGUACCAUCACGGCCUUCCGUGCUUUGAGCUGCCUCGUUUCCAAUCAUCUGACGAGCUAUGCUAUCCUUCGUGCCGGAUGCGGCGAUGGAAUUAUUUUUGGAAAGAAGGAGGGGUUUCUUACAAUCGGCAGCGUAGUUUACAGCCCUUAUUUUGACGCAUUUAAAUUAAACGGGUCGUCACAGGUUCAGUUUGAAUGUAAUUUCACCGUCUGUGAAUCGACAUGUAACGGGGAUUCAUGUAAAUUGAUGACAAAGAAAAUGAAACGGUCCUCCACUGACGAAGCCUCAGAUGGGCCCCGGGAGCUUCUUGUGAAAGGUGUGUCCUCCAAGCUUGUUGCGGAAGAAUCACGAGAAGUCCCGUUAAAUCCGGAGAAUUUGAACAUGCCACAGGCAUCCUUUCUGACACGGGACAACCUGUGCAAGCAAAAGUUCAACACAGCAAACCGAAGCAUCAUUCGAAAAAUCUCGAAGAAAUUCUUCACCAACCGGUGUUUUCCGUUGACAAGCGUUCUCCAGGACCCAGCGUUCAUCACAGCCCUUGUGGGUUUCGGAUUGUUAUUGUUCCUAUCAUUCACGAUAUCGCUUUAUCUUAUUUGUAAAUAUGAAAUUGCUCAGAUAAAAGCUUCGCUAAAUAGAUAACUCGGGUACUGUUAAGUAUGAUGGAAUAAAAAGAAAAAUGUUAACAAGAAGUGUUUUGAAAGAUUUUGUUAAAUGGAACUUGAAAUUUGAAUAUGACCACAAAUUGUUUGUUCGAAAUAAACCUUAGUAA